CUAACCGUGAAAUAACGUACAGUUUGUGUUUCAGGAUUUUGUGUUAAUAUUGUGUAUUUUAACUUUGUUAUAUUAUUUAUUAUCUACUAUUGUAAUGAUAGAAUUUGUUAUCGUUUUGAUAUUUUGUGUGGUUCUUGUGAUUGCUGUAAUGGUAAUUGGUUGCGGGAUGGGGAAAGCUACUUCUUCGCAGCGUCAGAUGGACAUCAUUAACGUCGCUCAGAACUUAUAUGUUUUAAUUAGGAAAGGCGACUUGAAGAAAUGUGACGUUACGCAGACGACCGCGUUUCUUCUCAACAUCGCAAAGUCAACUGUUCUCAAGUACUACAAGAAAGACAUUGAAGAAGUUUCAACACCAGGAAAAAAGAGGAAAAAAAGGCCACAGGAAGGAAAGUCACUUGACACAGUCGACGAUUUCACAGUAAAUGCAAUCAGGAAUGCAAUUUACAGGAUGUACGCUGAAGGUUUGAAUGUUACAGUCGACACCAUUUUGAAAGAAAUCAGGGAAAGACAAAUAGAUUAUUAUGGUGGAAGAUCAAGUCUUCAUAAAUUGUUAAAGAAGAUGGGAUUUUCAUGGACAACUGUUGAUGGACGAAAAGCUUUGAUAGAGAAUGAAAACAUAGUAUUGCAGCGAAUAGAUUUCUUGAGAAAGUAUAAAGAAGAAAAAGAAAGAGGAACUGUAUCAAAGUCAUGGCAGGACAAGAGUCUACAAUCUGCGAAGAGACGUACUGUUGGAGAUGGUAAAAGGUUUAUUGUUGUUAAUGCUGGAGGGCGCACUGGCUUUGUGCCAGGAGCAGGAUUACUUUUUGUUUCAGGUCAGAAGACUGCAGACUACCAUGGUGAGAUGAAUGGGGAAACUUUCUUGAUGUGGUUUGAAGACAUGUUGGUGCAUCUUGAGGAACCCAGUGUCAUCAUAAUGGACAAUGCUUCAUAUCACAGCACCCAGGUUGAGAAAACACCUACCACGAACUGGACCAAGGAUGCACUGAUCGCGUGGCUGGAGAAGAAUGAGAUAAAACAUGAAAAUAAUUUUUUGAAAGUGGAGCUGCUGAGAAUAGCUAAACAAAACAAGCCCCGAAUACGAUAUGAGAUAGACGAGUUGGCUCGUAACUAUGGCCACGAAAUUCUACGACUCCCACCCUAUCACUGGCACUAUAAUGCAAUCGAACUAGUUUGGGCUCAAUGUAAACACCAUUACAAUAGUAACGUGGGGCGGGCCAAGAGAUUUGACAAUGAUGCAGUUGCAGCCAUCUGGAAAGAGGCUCUUGAUGCUUCCACACCAGAGAGAUGGGCGAGGUGUGUGGAUCACGUGGAGAAGCUAAUUCAAGCAGACUGGGAGAGAGAAGUCCACAUAGACAGCGGCACCAUUCCUCCACUCAUCAUCCACCUCGGCGAGGAUAGUUCAAGUGAAGACAGUGACAGCGAAGAAUUUGAGGUUACGACACAGCAAGUAGAUGGAGACAGUGAAGUACUGGCAGUUCCUCUUUAUGAUUUACCCGGGUGUUCUUAUUAAGGUCUGUAUGUAAUAAACACCUGGGCAACUGUAAGUAUUGGGGUUUGAAACAUUUUUUUUUCUUUUAUGCAUUCCCAUUAAGUAUGUUGAUUACUGGAACUUUAUGUAUUAACUUUAUAUUACACAUAUUAUGAAAUUAAUAAUAAAUUUCAUUUCUGGAUUCGUAUAGGUGUAUGUGAAACAUUUUAUUUUGUUGUGUGUCUUCAUUUUUCAGUGAACUUACUUGGAAAACAAAAAGCCAGUCCCCAUCCAGGGCCACAAAUAAAUAAUGCAUAUAAGUGGUAUAGAAAUUACUGUCAAUUCUUUACCACAAUUUUACUGUUCAUAAAAUUAUGAUUUUGUCUAAUAAGUAUACUCAGGAAAAUGUAUAUAACCAUAUUUUUAUUUGUGGCCUUAACCGGCAAAAUGGUAGGGGUUUAUUAAAUAAAAGAAGAAAAUUCAUUUUUAAAUGUUUUCAUCUGAAUUUGUUAAUUUUAUUAAACCUUCAAUCCUUAGUCUUUUCCAGAUUGCUUAGAUGGACAGCCAUAUGUAUAAUUUACAAUACUUUUUUUUUCAGAUGCAGAAAACUGUGUUGAACUGUACUAAAGGAUGAUAUUUAUUGCUUACAUAAAUGUUGUAA